AUGAACCGCCUUCAUGUAAUCGAAUCCCACGAAGGAAGCAACGGUCCCACGGUUGUAGUUGUGGGCUCCUGCUUCCUGGACUACAUCGCCUAUGUGGACCGCAUUCCGAGGAUUGGGGAGACACUCACAUCCAAGAGCUUCUCUAAAGGAUUCGGUGGGAAAGGCGCCAACCAGGCUGUGGCUGCCGGCCGACUUGGCGCGCGCGUGGCCAUGGUGGGUAUUGUCGGCUCCGACGGCGACGGUGACGAAUACAUUGCGAAUUUUAAAAGGAAUGGGGUAGACACAACGAACGUGUACCGGGAGCGCAAUGGCGCGACAGGGCUGGCCAUGAUUUUUGUGGACACCAAGACGUCAAACAACGAAAUUGUGAUUUGUCCCAACGCGACACAUGCACUGACCACCGAAUUCUUGCGUCGUCAGUCGGACAAUUAUAAUCGUUUUCUUUCGCAGAGUUGCCGUUUUCUCAUCUGCCAGAACGAAAUUCCUCUUGAAACGACUCUUGAUGUGCUACGAGAGGCACACAAGCGCGGUAUUUACACUGUUUUCAACUCCGCCCCAGCUCCCUCGUUGGCGGAAGUGGGGGUUAUUAAGCCGUUCCUGCCGUACGUUUCGCUUUUCUGCCCGAAUGAAGUAGAAGCUGCAAUGAUCACCGGGAUGGAGGUGAGCGAUGGGGCGUCCGCUGCCAAAGCCGCGAAAGCCCUGCAGGCACUUGGCGUGCGGAAUGUUGUCAUCACGCUUGGCGCGCAGGGUUACGUCAUUUGCGAGAUGGGAUCAGAGCCGAUGCAUGCGCCAGGCCUUCGUGUGAAGGCUGUGGACACCACGGGCGCUGGCGAUUCCUUUGUUGGGUCGAUGGUGUACUACAUGUCGAGGGGCAUGUCGCUUUCAGAGGCCUGUAGGCGGGCAAAUGUUUGCGCUGCGUUCAGCGUGCAGCGCAAGGGCACCCAGAGUUCUUACCCCACACCCGACGAACUCCCUGCGGACGCUCGGGCGUAA